AUGAAGCUGCUGGCCGCUGUGGUGCUGGUUGCAGGCCUGGCUGGCGUCGCUGCUUGGGGAGGUGAGGCCUUUGCAGGGGAUGAACACAUGGGCACCUGCAUCUUUGAGAAGCUGACUGGCCAGGACUACAAGUUCUGCAGAGGGGACUUGGAGGUUUUCUACCCAGAACUGGGAGACGUUGGCUGCACAUACAUCCCCAAGUGCAAUCAGUACCGGAAACGGAUCAGCAAGGAGUGGCGCAGCCCAAAGAUUGCGUAUCCACAGGCUGACAAGAAUAAGAAGUAUUUGCUGAUCAUGGUGGAUCCAGAUGCCCCGAACAGAGCUAAUCCAAAGUACCGUUUCUGGAGACACUGGGUUGUCAUUGACAUCAAAGGCACAGACCUGCGGGCUGGAAAACUGAAAGGCCACGUGCUAACAGACUACGGCCGCCCCACACCUCCAUCCCAGAGCGGGUACCAUCGCUACCAGUUCCGUCUGUACGAGCAGCCGGCUCACGAGGCCAUAUCUCUAAGUCCAGAGGAAGAGGCAUCUUUGGGUUCCUGGCCAAUGGAGCGUUUCGUUGAGCAGUUUCGGCUUGGAUCCCCCGUGGCUUCGACCCAGUUCCUCACUCAACAUCACAGUGACUAG